AUGCCAGUUCAACAAAGAGACCUUUUUUCAGAUAUUAACAACAUCAUUAGUGCCGGUGUUGGUGUCGCCAAUACAGUUGCUUCAGUUGGUGAAAACGUUUUUGUCACUUUGACUUCGGAUGCUGCUGGCAAUUGGCAUAAGGCCACCUCCGGUGUGGUCGUGGAGUUCAAUACUCUUACUUCCAAAGGUGCACAGGAAUUCCAUGUGGUGACAAGUUUAGCUGACGGAAAAUUCUCAACAGUCACCAAAGGUGUGGUGUCAAAUUGGGGCGAAUUUACUAGUGAGAUUGAAUCCAAAAAAGAUUCCUUAACAGCUGCUGCUGCCGCUGCCAGUGAAAGUGCCGCUUCCACAACAGGAACAGAAACCGCCAGUACCGAUUCAGCUUCUGGUUCAGCUUCUGGUUCCGGUUCAGCUUCAGCUGCAUCUAAUGGUUCUUCCUCAACUACUGCAGCUUCCUCCUCAACCCGUUCAGGAAGUGAUUCUUCUUCUUCUACUGCUACUUCAAGUAGAAGCUCCUCAUCAUCUAGUUCAACCGCAAGUGGUAAUGCUGCACCAGCAGUUUACCAACCAGGUAGCUGGAAGAAAUCUGCAGUUGUUGGCGGUUUGAUUGGUUUGUCGUUUAUUUUGAGCUUAGCUUGA